UGAAAAGCAUGAUAUAAGGGGCUUAAUUAACACAAGGACUUUCAGUAUCAAUCUUAAACCCAUCAACCCGUUGAUUGUAUGGUCACUCUGGCAGUUCCUUAACUUGGAUCGUUGUGAACAAGUCGGUGGAAACUAUGCCCACGCCAGACCCGAAACCCGAUAACAUACCAAGGUAGACCCGAAAGCCACCGCAACAUACUAGGUACAUAUCAACAUGCCAUGGCUAUCACUUGUUCCCGAAAUGCGAAAGAAUCUGUAUCGUUGUAAAAUCGAUCAACUGAAACCAGUUCUGAAACAACAUAUAUAAUUCAUUGCCUUUCCUCUUGGAUGCCAGCACACACUUACACUAAACGCCAAGUCAACACCACAGGUAGCCAUGUCUUCAGAACUCAUCCAGCAAAUUCAGGCGGAACUCGAGGCCGCCACGACUCGAUACAUUGAUCGUAAUCCUCGAUCCAAGGCUCUUCACGAUGAAGCUCUCAAAUCAAUGCCUGGCGGGAACACGAGGACUGUUCUGCACGCUAGUCCAUUCCCUGUGGUGAUCAAGUCUGGCAAAGGCCAUCAGAUUACUUCUGAGGAUGGACAUACUUAUACAGACUUCACCGGCGAGUUCACAGCUGCUCUCUAUGGGCAUUCCAACCCUGUCAUUAUCUCGGCUAUUCGAGAUGUGCUUGACAAUGUAGGCAUGAAUGUUGGUGGCAAUACAGCUCAAGAGCAGAUAUUCGCUCGUGAAGUCUGCAGUCGCUUCAAUCUGGAACAUGUACGCUUCUGUAACUCUGGUACUGAAGCCAACAUCCACGCUCUAGCAGCUGCCAGGGCUUUCACCAAGAAAAGAAAAGUCGUCACUUUCAGUGGGGGCUAUCAUGGUGCUGUGAUAGGAUUCAAGGGAGGGAAACCAGAGGCCAAUAAUGUCGACCUGGAUGAUUGGGUCGUGGCCAGAUACAACGAUCUUGACAGCGCUCGUGCAGCUAUUGAGAGUGAGGGUAUUGCUGCAGUGUUGGUGGAAGGGAUGCAAGGCUCUGGAGGUGGCAUUCCCGGACACCCUGAAUUUCUCCAGGGCAUACAAGAGAUUGCUGGAAAUGCCGGCGUCUUGUUCAUCAUCGACGAAGUCAUGACCUCCCGUCUCUCAGGAGGGGGCAUCUCCGAAAUGAGGGGACUCAAACCAGACCUCAAGACCUUUGGAAAGUAUCUCGGUGGAGGCCUAGCUUUUGGUGCUUUCGGCGGUAGAGCAGAUAUCAUGGCUGCUUUUGAUCCACGGCUUCCCACUGCUCUCUCGCAUUCGGGCACUUUUAACAACAACACUCUGGUGACACACGCUGGCUACGCUGGCCUGACAAAGAUCUACACGCCUGAGGUUGCAGCUCAAUUCACCAGAUCUGGAGAUGAGCUCAUGGAGCGGCUCAAUGUAGUAACAAAGGAUACAAGAGUGCUCUUUACUGGUAUCGGCACUAUCAUGGGGGUCCAUUUUCCCAAGGAUGGUUCUCGUGUGAUCGAAAGAUCUGGUGAAGUCGAAGAACUCGAUUCCUUGAGGGACCUUUUUUGGCUUGAGAUGAUGGAGGAGGGUUUCUGGGUCGUACGCAGAGGAUUCAUGGCUUUGGUGCUCGACACUCCCACGGACGAGUUUGACAGGUUUGUCAGUUGUGUUGAGGCAUGGGUUUCUAAGCGUGCGAGAAUAGUCAAAAUCUAACUGCAAGUCGUAUUAUUAGACCUUUAUUCGAAACACUAUACAGGUUGAUAAAUAUCUCCGUCUUAUUUGUCAG